AGGCAAAAACCUGGGGCAUUUUCUGGGGAAGGUCCCAAAAGAUCUCUCUAGGGGUUCAAAAAGCUCCCCAGGGGAAGUUCUAAGGGUGAACUCCCAGGAGUCAGAAAAAUAUUUGAUGAGGUCCUCAAGAAGUGACUCAAAAAAUGAUUUAUCAGGAAGUGUAAACAAAAAUCAUCUGGGAAACAUGCUAACACUCCACUUAGGCCUGAAGUCAGGGCAGAUCAAUGAGGGUUUGAUCCCGCUCAGUGUGCGUCAAUCCUGGCUUGCUCUCAACUCUCCUUUUUCCAGGUCUGACACCCAGGUAGUAACUGGGAAUCUAGCACUGUCCAAAAGUUGGGAAGAAGCCUGCACAAGUUCCUCCCAGGAGUUUUACUUCCUAAAACCUUGCACUCAGCAGAUGUUGGAAGAACAUAUUACAAAGUUUCGGGCCAAGCACAAAUGGGGCCUGCCCCUCAAGGUCCUGAAGCCCAUAAAUGUCUUUAAAUUGAAAAAAGCUGAGUCCUUACCCCUUACACUAUGUGCCUUGCCCUCCUCAACCACCUGUGAAUCUGGGAUUGACAAGCUCCUGGUAAAACCACCUCAGGUAGGUCCAAGAGAAGUGACCAAAGAAUCAGUUCCCACACUAUCAAGUUGCCUCCUUGUCUCCUCCCCUGCAAAUCAGGAGAUCCAGAGGGCCCUGAGAGUGCCUUCAUGGAGCCAUGACCAUGGGUCCUCAGAGGCUCCUCCACCUAGACAGGAGAGAAGGCAACCUUCUCAGUCCCUCUCAUGCAACCUCGUGGGCAGAACCAGGCAGAGUGGGACUGUCCUUGUGGCCGGGAGGGACAGCCUGCAGAUAAGACCAAGUUCAACAAUGACCAGGAAUGAACAAGGGAAGAAGUAUGGGGACUGGGCCACACAAGACCCAUACCACAGCGUAGCACUGUUGGAGAUGAACUUAGGAUCCCAGUCUUUGAAAGCCGAAGAGACGAAUGAAACAGUGCCAACAUGCAGCAUCCUCUUGGAAACCAGUGUGCUAGCAAACCUUCAAGCCACAAAUGAGAAGAGUGGUUUAGAGACUUCAGGGACCAGCGAAAGUCUCCUACUUCCUAGCAUGUCUGUCACCCAAAAGGCAGGAAAGCCAUGCCUUAAGACAAAAGUUAGUGUAGUAGAGCCCAGUGUGGAGAUAAAGUCAGAAAGCCGGACUCAAGUUUGUGACAUGGGUUCGCUCCUUCCAGACUGUUCUGCUGGCAUGUCCCUUGUUGAAGACUGCUUGGCUACUCAGACAUCACAGUGUCAUCUCCAGUGUGUCCCCAUGGGGAACAUGCCAACUUCCCAAGUGGUAAGUGACCACACAGUAGCUAGAAAGAGCAAGUUGAGGCAGCUGGAGACCGGGAGCUCAAACCAUCGGGGUUCAUGGAAGAGCCAAAGCAAUAUUUUUACCUCUACCUACAAGAAUGAGGACUGCAGGAGGCGCAACCCAAGAAAGCAUGAAGAAAGAGUUGAAAAAUUAUUAACCUCCCAACUUACCCCAGUCAGGAGAAUAGACAGCCUUGAGAGUAAAAGAGUCCAGAUCCUGCUGCAAAAGGAACGGGUUCCUUCGGAAAGCCCAUUCAAAAAGAAACUGAGGUGCUUUCUUCACUGGAUUUUCUGUAAGAUAAAAGGCAAAAGGCAAGAAGGCCCUCUGCAAAAAGGCAAGCUUUCACCAGCCACUGCCCAGAGCCAAGGACCAUUCAAAACCAGGUCAUGUGUGGGCAAAAACACUGAGGAAGCUCAGCAUCUCAUGACAACUCUCGAACAAGUACUAGAGAAGAAAAUGGUGCUUCACCACAGAAUUCGAGCCUCAAAGUUAAAACAGUGCAAAGAGGAACUCAAAGGCCCAGCCCUGAAGUUUUCUUGCAAGCGCAAACUUCCCUUAAACACAGAGCAAAAGAAAAGGUCAAGUUAUGCAGCCUGCAACCAACAAGCCACAACUAAGAGGCAGGUUUGUUCUCUCAGAGAAAGGCAAGUUAGAAACCAACAGUCAUUGAAAAAUACACGAUUCUGGAAUGAGCCAAGAGGCCCAAGUCAUUCCCAACUCCUGCUCCUCAGAAAGGCUGCGACCCUAGCCCAUCCCUGUCAACACAGGCCAAGGAUGCUAAAUGUCUCCGGCCACCGUCACCAUUGCCCAAGGCACUGUCUUGUUCGGAGAGGUGUUUUGUCUUGGCAGCCAAAACAUUUUUCUCUUGCGUUUCCUAGAAAAAUAUGUCUCUGAGAAAAUAAUUCAAUUCCUAUCGAGAAAAAUUAAUUUUUCUCAUGUUAGUACAUCUAAAAUAUUUAAUGUU